UCGCGACAGACGAGUGCGGAGCGGAUCGAAGCGGCCGGCGGGAGUUCGGGACGCGGCUCUGCGCUGACAGGCGGUCCAGGGCGGACGGGUUACGGGUGUCGCGUUCUGCCGGACCUCGGAGCGCAGAGAGACUCGCAGGUUUCGGACGGUAGUCUGUCAGCGCCGAAUCUACUAGGGAGGAGGCGGGAGGUAGCCUAGCCUACCUAGUUAGGCACCGAGAGAGCGGCGGCUCACUACCCGCGCCGCGCUAUGUUCCGCCCGGUCCCGGCGGUUCGGACGCGCUCGAGCUGCGGGCUGCUUGGACCGGAGGAGAGUGUCAGUGUCGUGGGGGAGGCCCGAGCUCUGCCCCCGCCACUGCCGCCGCUGCUUUUCUAAGUGUUGGAGCGACCUCCAUGGACUCGGGCCGCGGUGCACCGGCGUCGGCGGGGACGACGACGACGACGACGACGAGACCGAACGGCGCCGGGCACGAGUGGCCCGGCGGCGUCGGAGGAGCGCGCGACGAGGUGCAGGUGGAGGAGCCGUCCUCCUCUUCUUUCUCCUCUUCCUCCUCGUCCCUCCCGGAGCCGAGCGCCCGCCCGCGGCGCUUGUCGCGCCUCUGCAGUAGGGACACGCGGGAGCGCGCCGAGGCGCUGAACGAGCUGGCGCGAGGCGCGCUCUGCCGGGACACGUUGCUGCAGCUGCUGCGCGUGUCGAGAACGUGUCCGAUGGAGGACGUGCGGCGCGGGGCGGCGGAGCUGCUGGGCGCCGCGCAGGUUGGUGUCUUCAGGAGGGUCUCUUUGUCUCGCCCCCCACAGGAUGCAGGUGUGGAAGUUCCUCGAGCGCUGGUGUCUGGACCCAGUGCCUUCAUCCCACCUGGGGAGGUUUGGGAGGAGGGGGCGGGGCUCCCCGAGCUCGUGGAGACCUUUCGGUCCAUGGGCCGCGUGGACCACGUGAUCACGGUCAUGGCGCUGCACCCCUCCUACCUCAGCUGUUUCCUGCAUACCCAGCAGGCCUUGCUGCAGCUGGAUGGCCCUCUGCCGCAGCCCUGGAGGCACUACAUCAUUGUCAUGGCGGCAUCUCGCCACCGCUGCUCCUACCUGGUGCACCUGCACAGCUCCUGGUUCCUGGAGACGGGGGGUGAGGAGAGAUGGCUGGGGGGGCUCCACCGCGCCCCCCCCAAACUGCGCCGGCUCAGCUUGCUGAACAAAUUGCUCGCCCACCGGCCCUGGCUCAUAACACAGGAGCACAUUGCGGACCUGGUGUGUCCCAGCAGCGAGGAGCGCUGGUCACUGGCUGAGCUCAUCCAGGCAGUCAUCCUGCUCACCUAUGCACACUCGCUGUCCUGCUUUGUCUGGGGUUGUGGCAUCAACCCUGAGCUCGACUUCCUGGGGGGCCAUGCCUUCCAGCCCCCGUCCCCAUCUGCUCGCUCCUCCCACAGCCCUCUGCACGAAGGCAUGGGUGACAGCCAAUCGGGCUCAGACAUGGACACUGAGGUGGAGCGCUUGAUGAAAAGGAUGCAGCUGCUCCUGGAGCAGAACGAAGAGUUCAGCCAAGAGGAGAUGGUGACGCGCUUUGAGAAGGAGAGGAGUGAAAUGCUACUGGAGGCGCCAUGUGAUGAUGCUGUUUGUGCUCCCCCUGAUGUGUCCCACUUUGUGGAGGACCCUGAGUUCACCUACCAGGACUUUGCGCCUCGUGGUGAACAGUCCCCGCCCACGCUGCGUGCACAGGACUACUCGUGGGAAGAUCACGGCUUCUCCCUCAUGAACCGCUUGUACCCAGACAUGGGCCAGCUGUUGGACGAGAAGUUCCAGGUGGUCUUGGGCCUCACCUACCACACCAUGGCGAUGCACAGAGACGUGGACACCACGAUGCUACGCAAGGCCGUGUGGAACUACAUCCACUGUGUCUUCGGCAUCCGGUACGACGACUAUGAUUACGGCGAUGUGAACCAGCUCUUGGAGCUCAGCCUGAAGGUUUACAUCAAAACGGUGGCGUGCCACCCGGAGAAGACCACUCUCAGGAUGUACACCAACUUCUGGAAGCAUUUUUGUCACUCGGAGAAGGUGCACGUUAACCUACUGCUGCUGGAGGCUCGUCUGCAGGCGGCGCUCCUCUACGCCCUCAGGGCCAUCACCCGCUACAUGACCUGAGGACAGACCCACACGGACUGACGCCUUGCCGCCCGCAGGGCACCCCCCGUGCAGCACAUUGCCCAUCGGACUCCUCGUAGUACGCUAGGGUGGUCACACAUCCCACGCACUCGGAUCCACGUGCAUACACACUAAAUGAGCUCCAGUCCCAGCGUCCAGCAGCAUGGGGUCUUUUCCUUUAACUCCAGGCGAGACCGGAGACCAGCACUUUAUCUCACCUUCUCAUCUCACCUUCUCCUCUCACUUGUGUGUCCGCUGUCACCUGUCAGUUUGGCACCUCGCCGCUUUGUCGCUGCUACUUCCUGAACGCCUGUUAGUUCCUGUUUUGCGCUGGGCUGCCAUGCACUGAGGAGGAAGUUCCUGUGUAACGCAGGGUUGUAGCAUUACGCUUCGCUUCCCUGUCGCCGCUGUUACUGCCCCCAGCCCCUCUUCCUUCCCGCAGUAUUUAUUUGACAGUUUUAUGCUGGAUGUUCACCUCAGGUGUUGUGAGGAUACGGGUCAGACUGUGAAUGUUGUGGUCUGGUCUUUGCGCCAGCUCUUCCGGGAGGUUCCAUCACCCAACCUGCUGUAGCACACACUACUACUCUGUAGUCUUCUGGGGUGGGUCGGGCGCUUUUGGCAAAGUGGGGCAAAUGCCUUUGGAAGACUCCUUUUCUUUAUAUAUAUAAAAAAUGAAACUGGUGAUGUUAUUGUGACGAAUUUUGUAUUUAAACACAUAACUAUUUUAUUAAAAUACAAGACAGAAAG